AUGUCUGUUAACUCCUAUCGCAUUUUCAAAGUCUCAGAGGAAGUUUCUCUGGAGAGCAUCCCUCUGUCUCUAAAUCCGAACUGCUUACAAACACCCCUAAGUGACCACCCAAACGUCCUCCUCCUCCAACAUCACGUCCCCAGAAUGCACUUUUUCACACAACCCCCAAACAAAUCCUCAAUUCUUAAGAAACCCCAAUCAAUGAAAAGUUUCAACGGGUGUUGGACCUGCCGCCUCCGUCGCAAGAAAUGUGACGAGAAACAACCCAUCUGCGGCGUAUUCUCUACUCUCCUUAUUGGUCAUGCUUGUUACUAUGGGGAAGAGAAGCCGGAGUGGAUGGAUGGUGGGUUGAAGCAGGAAGAGAUGUCAAGAAAGCUGAAGCGGGAGAUUAAAGAGAAUGCUCAGCGGCGUCGUUGGGGUCCUGUUUCUGACUUCAAGGAAGGGAACGAGGUCGUGGUUACUGAUGAGUGGACUCAGGCGGUGCCAACUCGUCAGGCAGGACCGCUGACUGGAAACUCUGAUCCAACGAGAUGCAACGUCGCAAUGAAGACUCAAGAAAAUCUUGAUCAAGACCUAUCUCCAAACCAGCCUGAGACAAGCCCACGGCAACGCGGACCCAGUUGUGUCCUCACACGCAAAGACACACCCAAAGAAACAAGUAUCCCCUUCAGCAGAUCCGAUACCAUCCUCUUCACAUUCUAUCUCGAACAAGCCCACCCCUUCCUCUUCCCCUUCUACAACCCCUCUCCCCUCUCAGGCGGCCGCUCCUGGAUCCUAGAAAUGAUGCUCAGCAGUCCCGUCCAUCAAGCCGCAUAUCUCUCCCACAGCUCCUACCUCUUCUCUCUGGCACAGACAUCAGGAUCAGGAUCCGUACAUCCACAUAACCCACACACCGAUCCAAAUAUCAAUGCUUAUCCAGAAAAGCUGCUUACAUAA